AUAAGGAAAUCCAUGGGGACCCAGUUUUGUUUUACACAUUACUUUUGCUGGUUUCAAUUAUGUGCAACCCACCAUGUGUUUUUUUUUUUAGAGAAACUCUGAAGUUAACCACAGAAAAUAGCAGCAGUUAGACUGUCUCAGCUGUCCAAGCUGAUGCUAACAGCUAGUAGGAGGCCAGUCAUUCAUUCCUCCACUGUGUGCAAAGAAAUUUCACCUGCCCAGCCUUUUCCACCAACAGAGAAUAUCAUUAAGCAUUAAACUUUGACAGAAGACCCAGAGGAGGAUACGGCAGGAAUGUGACUGAGGAGCUUCAUCUGAAAACAUCUGCUUGGAGGACUCCUCCCUCAUCCUCUGUUGGUGGUUACCUCCAGCUUUGCAGAAGCGUGUGACGCCCCGCUGUGUGCUGCUGCCCGGGGAAUGCUCAGCGGGCAGAGAGACGAGGUCUAAACACAAUGAGCAGCCAGGACAAAUGGGUCACACUGACCCCAGCAGAGUUUGCCCUGCUACAGGAAUACACUCAGUACUCAACCAAGAAGCUGAAGGAUGUGCUGCAGGAGUUCCAUGGAGAUGGUGUGUUGGCUAAAUACAAUCCAGAGGAGAAGCAGGAGAUCCUCAGCCAGGAGAUUGACUUUGAGGGCUUCAAGGUCUUUAUGCAGACGUUCCUGGAGAGUGAACUCCCUGAAGAGUUCUGUCAACACCUCUUCAUGUCGUUUAGCAACAAGGGACCCAAACCCAGUCCCUCAUCUUCUGACAAACCCAGAGUCUCUGGGCUGAAGCUGAUCAAAGGCAACUCGACCCCUCUGAAGAUGCCCGCGCUGCCCCGGCCUCUGGAAACGGUGCAGCUGAAGGACAUUGUGUGUUACCUCUCGUUGCUGGAGGGCGGGCGUCCUGAGGACAAGCUUGAGUUUAUGUUUCGCCUCUAUGACACAGAUGGAAACGGAUCUUUGGACAGCUCGGAGCUGGAGCACAUUAUCUCCCAGAUGAUGCAUGUAGCAGAGUACCUGGAAUGGGACGUGACUGAACUGAAACCAAUCCUCCAGGAAAUGAUGCGGGAGAUUGACUACGAUCAUGAUGGCACAGUGUCACUGGAGGAGUGGAUCCAGGGAGGCAUGACCACCAUCCCACUGCUGGUCCUGCUGGGCCUGGAGACCAAUGUUAAAGAUGACGGGCAACAUGUGUGGAGACUGAAGCACUUCAACAAGCCAGCCUACUGUAACCUGUGUCUCAACAUGCUAAUUGGACUGGGGAAGCAGGGACUCUGCUGCUCAUUCUGCAAGUACACAGUCCACGAGCGCUGCGUGGCUCGUGCUCCACCGUCUUGCAUCAAAACCUAUGUCAAGUCCAAGAAAAACACUGAGGUAAUGCAUCAUUUCUGGGUGGAAGGGAACUGCCCCACCAAGUGUGACAAGUGUCACAAAACCGUUAAGUGUUACCAGGGCCUGACUGGGCUCCACUGCGUGUGGUGUCAAAUCACGCUCCAUAACAAGUGUGCCUCCCAUGUGAAACCUGAGUGUGACUGCGGACCCCUGAAGGAUCACAUCCUGCCCCCCAACUCAAUCUGCCCCAUCAUCCUGGAAAGGCAGUCGACGCUGAGGAAAGACUCCCGAUCCAGCCAGUCGAGCCGAGGGAAGAUGCAGAGAGCCAACUCAGUCACAGUGGACGGCCAAGGACUGCAGAUCACAACAAUAGAGGGCACUCAUCCUCUGCUAGUGUUUGUCAAUCCGAAGAGCGGGGGGAAGCAGGGAGAGAGGAUUUACAGAAAGUUCCAGUAUCUUCUGAACCCGAGACAAGUGUAUAACCUGGCCAAGAAUGGACCCAUGCCGGGGCUGAACUUCUUCAGAGAUGUUCCUGAUUUCAGAGUGCUGGCCUGCGGAGGGGACGGCACUGUGGGCUGGAUCCUGGACUUCAUAGAUAAGGCCAACCUGGACAGGAACCCCCCUGUGUGUAUACUUCCUCUUGGCACGGGCAACGACCUGGCAAGAUGUCUGCGAUGGGGAGGAGGCUAUGAGGGCGAGAGCCUCCUGAAGAUAAUGCGCGACAUCGAGAACAGUUCGGAGGUGAUGCUGGAUCGCUGGAAGAUUGAUGUCACAGCUACAGACAAGGAUGAGCGAGGGGACCCGGUGCCUUACAGUAUUGUAAACAACUACUUCUCCAUCGGAGUGGAUGCCUCCAUUGCACAUCGUUUCCAUGUUAUGAGGGAAAAGCAUCCAGAGAAGUUUAACAGCAGAACAAAGAAUAAGCUGUGGUACUUUGAGUUCGGCACUUCGGAGACCUUUUCGGCCACAUGUAAGAAGCUCCACGAUUUUCUGGAGGUUGAGUGUGAUGGUGUUACGCUGGACCUCAGCAGCAUAUCCUUGGAAGGCAUUGCCAUUCUCAACAUUCCCAGCAUGCACGGCGGCUCCAACCUUUGGGGCGAGAGCAAGAAGAGGAGGGGUAACCGCAAGGGGGGGAAAAAGAGCCAAGAAAAGAGGACACCAGUGCUUGACCCCAAGGAGCUCAUGUUUGCAGUUCAAGACCUGUCUGACCAGCUGCUGGAGGUGGUGGGGCUGGAAGGAGCCAUGGAAAUGGGUCAGAUCUACACCGGCCUGAAGAGCGCUGGAAGACGCCUGGCACAGUGCUCCUCCGUGACCAUCAGAACGAGUAAAUCCCUUCCAAUGCAGAUUGAUGGGGAACCUUGGAUGCAGACUCCCUGCACUAUUGAGAUCAUUCACAAGAACCAGGCUCCCAUGUUGAUGGGAACGCCACAAAGCCGAAGCUUCUUCUCCUCCAUCGUCAGACGAACACGCACUGAGAGCAAAGACUGAUCCGUCAUCAAGUCCUCACAAGCAACUGCAGAGCAGCGGUCACAAGUUGAUCAUCACUCGGCCCAUUAGUGAAGGGGGGUCUUUGAUGCCUGUUUGAUAGCCAAGCGUACAGUAGCAAACUGUAGGUUCAGUAUGUAUCGCCUGCAGCAUGGAGACGUCACAGAGAAGCCACUGAAUCCAGAAUGAGGUGUGUUUAGGACUGACGCUUUGAUCUACAGUGUGUAGAGUAGUUUAGCUCCAAAAAUACUGGAGCUAUUUCGGGAAGUCCAAUUUUCUAAAAGUCUGUUUUUAUUUUUGCUGUUGUGAUUUGUGCCAUGUGCAAAAAACCCCACAGAUGAAUGUGUUUUGUGAUAUGAUGUAUUUAUUUAUUUAUUUAUUCAUAUUUUGCUGCUAUUGAUGUUUUAAACAGUUUUUUGCAUUUGCAUACCCCUGAUGCAUGAUGGACAGUGAACGAGGUUGCUGCUGUUGAAGCUGACAUAUCUGGAGUCUGCAGCUGAUCUUUCCCAAGUGUUUAGUAAGAAGUGAAGUGUCUUUGCUCAGCAUUUCUUCAGCGCUUCACUCAUGAAUGGCUUUAAGUAGUGAAAAGACAGAGAAUCACGUUUGCUUUCUUUUAAUGGUCCCUGCAAGUCAUCCUUGUCAUGUUUUGAUCUGCUGUGUUGCUGCUCCGUCAGUGAAAAGAUUAGGAAUGAUUAUUGAUCGUCAUAAAAAAUGCAUGACACUCUUUGUUUCACGUCGCACGAGAAAUUUCCAGACAGUUUUAACAAUUGUGUGCACACUUUGUCGCAUGAGUGACCAAGAUCUGUUUUGACACUUGUGGAAAUUGAUUGUUUUUGAAUCUACAUCGUCAGUGCUGCUCGGUUUAACCAUAUCAUACUUUAUCUAUGAGAUGGCUGCAUUUUUAUGGGAUCCUGUGUUUUUUCUGAACAGGUACUCAGGUACUUUUAAAGUGAAAAACACCGAAAAGGCAACAGAAAAGCGUCUAGUGUUCAAUCAGAUUGUAUUUUGGUACAAUGACUGUGUUUGGAUAUUCACAAGAAGCAGUUUGACCUCCUCUAGUCAUUGAUUUGAUCUGAUGUCUACUGUUGAGUGUUUACAGUCCGCUGCGCAUACAAGCGUACAUUAACCAAUUAAGGUCUAAAUACAAAAUGACUAUUGACAUAUAUAUUGUAAAAGCUUGAUUUAAAGAAUCAAUACUGAAAAUCAAUCCCAUCCAAUAAGUACAGAUUUCAGAAGCAUUUCCGCAGCCACUCACAUGUGCACAUGGCAUCUAUAAAAUAAUUCAUAGUGCACCUUUGAAAGAUUUCAUUCAUUUUAAACUGCUUAUUUAGAAUCUCCUUAUACAAAUAAAUGGCAUUAUUCUGGAUUGUACUGGUAUAUUUCUGCAUUUAAAUAGUAUUUAUCUCAUUCAGUCUCACCAAAGACAAAUACGCACAACACUUCAAAUUCCGGGGGAUUUGUUACAGACCUACCAGCGUCACACACCUGAUAAAUGUGUUGUUUUUAACAGAAUUGCACUCCUGCUUGUUUUCUGAGAAUAAUUUUAGGCUUGACUGUUUCAGUCUUUAAAAGUGCCAUACCCCAGUGGAGACUGAGGUCUGAUGAGUCUCCACCUCUUUGCUUUGCACUUUGCAGCAUUUGUACAGUGAGGUUGUAUUUUUGUACCCAGUAUUAUUUAUUUUUCCGCUUACUGCUUCACUCUAGGACUCACACCAUGUUGUUCUGCCUAAAAACAAAUUAUGCCUGCCAAUGUUGACUGAGAAAAGUGAUAAUGAAAAUAAUUAAAAAGCUUUUGUUGUUUGA